AUGGCUCCUCUCCCGUCACAGCCAGCAUCUGCAGUGGAGCUUCCGAACGUUCAAGUUGCCAAAGAGGCAGACAAAGAUGCAGCUGUACCAGCAACAGCAACACCGGUAGCUACGACAGGCCAGGAAACUACGUCCGACUCAACUGAGGGAGGUGAUCUAAAAACAUUUAAACCCGAAGAUACCACAACACCAUCCAGCAGAGAUGAAUCUACUAGUGAGAACAAGUCCGACGAUGCGACUGAUAAGACUCCGGACCAAACUCCUCUGAAGCUAGAUAAAGACAUUGCAUCAUUUUUCGACAAUGACUUCGAUGUCUACCUGACAGAGUUGAGCGUAGGGGAUAAGAAGACAGAGUUCCUAAGUAGCGUUCUCAUACAGCAUGAUCAACUAGUAUCAUAUGCGCGAAAUGCGGAAACAACACUCCGAGGUCUCCCACUGUCCGCCUUCCGCUCAAAAUUUGCCCACGGAGUCUUCUGCCUUAGUAAUAAUGACAAAGCAGAGAUAAGUAGUCAUACUACGCUCGCUGACUAUGUAAAGCGAGACAACAGCGCCGUGAAACUUGGUAGCGGGGACUCCGCUCUGCAUGUUUUCUGGCGCCGAAAAUAUAGUCGGGAUACUAGCUCCCGCAAGGCUGAUGAUGUAGAUAUUGGGCUUCCUGCCCCUGUAAGAGUCCCCUUGUCAACUUUGAACAUUUGCACACUAGAAAACUUACUCUGUCCUUCGCCUCAGACCCCUGACGAGAAAGGAAAAACCGGCUCUGGGAAGAAGACUGCAGGUGAGAAGGGUGCUCGAGACCUAGAUCCCGCUAUUGGUGUUGAAAAAUUCGAUGCGAAAGCGUACCGGCCUGCCUGUGAUCUCACCGAGGUGGAGUGGAACAAGGUUGUUGAAGGCAACGAGCUACUCUACGGAUUUCAAGUCAACAGUGUCGAAGUCUCUCGCCUUAGAAGUAUCAAUGCAUCGUCUAAGGCUGAAUCGAAGCCCUCGGGCGGUGCACCGACAGAUGGGUCGAAGGAUGCUGUAAAAGAUGUUUCGCAACCGGCCUCUCCUGAUGGUCCGGAAAAGCAGUCUAAGGAGGAAACUCCUACUGCAAAAGUCACAGAAAACUUUGUCACAGAAGCAGCAGCACCAGUGUAUAGAAGUACUCGACCAGUCUUCAUUCUACGUCCAGACUCUGGAAUUGGAAGCACAAAACGUGACAGUGGAGCCGACAAACAUACCCACGCUGGCUUGUUCUGGAGCAAUUCAAAAGCAUUAAGCACGACUAAUGUUGCCAAGACCACCAGCAGCGAAGAAAAAUGGAGUAUGGAAAGUGGCAUGAGCACAAAAUCAUUUAAGCUGGGCACCUCGUUUCCGAUCAAGCAAGUUGACGUCGGGGCCAAGUUCGGGUUUUCAAGACAGAAGUCUCAUGAAGAGAGUGAGAAUCAUGAGAAUAGUGAAGCUGAGCUUGUAGCAGUUCAUAUCGUGCCUGCGGCUCAGGUUAAUAUCAACGAGACGACCGUCAAGCUCAGCCCCGACGCUGAGGAGGAUGUUGCAAAGCUUCGGAAAGAACGUAGAUUUGAAGAUCUGCUAUCGUUCUAUGAGAAGUAUGGCAUGAUGGCAUUCAGUACCACCACCUUGGGUGGUCGGCUUUUCCACAGUCGCAAAGCGGAUACUACUUCCGAAGCAGAUACUAAGAAGGAUGAGGAAAAUUUCAAGACCGGAGUUAACGCAAGUCUUGGGAUUGCUAAAGUGUUUUCGAUUGAUGGAAAAUUUGCUAAAGAGACGAAAGAGACGACCGCAAAUGGGGUAUCAUCAUCGAGCACUACUGAGUAUAUUGUUUGGUCGAGCAUUGGCGGAAAUCCUGGAGAUACUGUGAAUCCUCCUCAAUGGCGUCGCUCAUUGGAUGAUUUCCGAAACUGGCGACCUAUCAAAUUCGAGAAUCCUCAGAGCCUUGAAGUACUCAUAGGCAGACUUGAUGGAUACGAAGAUGUGCCAACAUUAUUCUCAGACAUCUUGGCAACUGGAGUUCUAGAUUCCAGCAUUGUUGCCAUUCCUCCAAUAGGCCUGCGGUCAGCCACGCCGCCCCAGGUCAAGUGGCCAAAUACUACCGGUACUCCGGCCCCAUUGACAGUACCAGUGGAGCUAGGGACUGCCCUAGAUGCUAAGACCGGACAAAUCGUAGGCAACAUUAAGAUGAAGAACGACGUACAGACAGAAUAUGUGUCGCCAGAGGGCUUUUCAUGGACGGUAUUCUCUAACCAUCGCGACGUAGAGCGUGAGAUCCGAGCUGCCUUGCAGACAACCCUCAAUGUCAAAGUGAAUAUUUCGAUUGUCCCGAGAUAUCUGAACUCUCUUCGCGUGAGCGAAACCUCCUUCACUAUCAUGCUGAAGUGGACCUCACAGACAGAAGAGAAACGCUCAGACUUCGAGAGCCCAGCUAAUGAUAUUGGGAACUACGCAUUCGUCUCAGUAAGGUCUCGAUCCUGGCUGAUUGGCCUUUGGACCGUGAACAGCAUAAAAGCAGACCAAUCAGAUAUUUUCAAUGAGCUCCGACUGCGAACGCUUCGGAAAUUCAGAAGCCCAUGUGAGAUCCAAGAAGGUUGUGAUUUCAUCUCUGAAGCUCUCGACAAAUCUCCAAAUUUGUCAGUGUCAUUCUCGCUACUAGGUAGCGACCGUAUCAAGAACAACGAGACGGUGCUCCAGGAGAUGGUGUCGGCUCGCCGCGCCUCGACCUUCUUAUCCAGAGGUCUUUACCUGAGCCCAAUCAACAUGCUUCCUAUAAGUGGAGAGGUAAAGACUAUCAACAAGGUCGAUCCCCCACUUCAAGAAGCUGCUCUGAUGCUCGCAACCGAGGCACAAGUGGCGCUUCUGCUUCUCAAAGUCAAAAUUGAAUCCACUGGGGGUUCCCUGGACACAAUACAAAAACUGUCAAAUCAGCUUAGUGCCUCCAGAUCAGGGUCAGUUUUUGACAAGGACAAAACAUUUGAUGUCACCCUCUUCAGUUCGAUUGAUAAGCUUGACCAGGAUUUCGGCAAUGAUGACGACAAAUAG